GCCUCCCGGAAGUUGCCGGCCCGGAGCUGGGUGCCCGGCUCUGGGUGUCCCUGGUUGUGCUGGGGCUCAGUCUCUGGGCGAGAGGACUCGGAAGGGGGAGAGCGACAUUCAGUAGUGCGGCGCAGGGCGAGACCUGGUGACAAUGGCGGGGCCGCAGCCUCUAGCGCUGCAGCUGGAACAGUUGUUGAACCCGCGACCGCGCGAGGCGGAUCCUGAGGCCGACCCGGAGGAGGCCACUGCUGCCAGAGUGAUUGACAGGUUUGAUGAAGGGGAAGAUGGGGAAGGUGAUUUCCUGGCGGUGGGUAGCAUUAGAAAGCUGGCAUCAGCCUCCCUCUUGGACACAGACAAGAGGUAUUCUGGCAAGACCACCUCUAGAAGAGCUUGGAAGGAAGACCAUUGGGAGCAGACUCUGCCAGGUUCAUCUGAUAAAGAAAUAUCUGAUGAGGAAGGGUCUGGAGAUGGAGAUUCAGAGGGUCUGGGCCUGGAGGAAUCGGGGGAGGACGCCAUGAGUGCUGAGGAACAGGAGUGUGGUGAUGGUGACAGUAGCCUGGCCUGGAAAAAGAGGAGCAGAGGCCACUCCAGGAAGGCGUCGGGCUUCAGUGUCCAGAGCAUCAGUGACUUUGAAAAAUUUACCGAGGGAAUGGAUGGCCUCGGUAGCAGUGAGGAGGAGGAGGAAGACGAAGAGCGGGAGAGUGGUAUGGAAGAAGGGGAUGGUGAGGAAGACUUCGAAGGUGAGAGUGAGGAAGACAAGGCUGAAGACAGGACCAGUGAGGACGACGGGGUGGUGAUGACCUUCUCUGAGGUCAGAGUUUCCGAGGAAGUGGAGAAAGGCCAAGCUGUGAAGAACCAGAUAGCACUGUGGGACCAGCUCUUGGAAGGAAGGAUAAAGCUACAAAAAGCUCUGCUGACCACCAAUCAGCUUCCUCAACCAGAUGUUUUCCCUAUUUUCAAGGACAAAGGUGGCCCAGAAUUUGCCAGCGCCUUAAAAAACAGUCACAAGGCACUUAAAGCAUUGUUGAGAUCAUUGGUAGAUCUUCAGGAAGAGUUGCUUUUCCAGUAUCCAGACACUAGAUCUCUAGUAGAUGGAACAAAGCCCAAAGCAGAAAGUGAGGAGGAGAUUUCCAGUGAAGAUGAAGAGCUCGUAGCAGAGAAGAAGCAGCAGCAACAGAGGAGGGCCCCAGCAAAGAGAAAGCUGGAGACUGAGGACUACCCCAGCUUCAUAGCGAAGCGCUUCGCCGACUUCACCGUCUACAGGAACCGCACGCUCCAGAAGUGGCAUGAUAAGACCAAGCUGGCUUCUGGAAAACUGGGGAAGGGUUUUGGUGCCUUUGAACGUUCAAUCUUGACUCAGAUUGAUCAUAUUCUGAUGGACAAAGAAAGAUUACUUCGAAGGACACAGACCAAGCGCUCUAUCUACCGAGUUCUUGGCAAACCUGAGCCGGCAGCCCAGCCUGUCCCAGAGAGUUUGCCAGGACAGCCGGAGAUCCUUCCUCAAGCCCCUGCCAGUGCCCACCUGAAGGACCUGGAUGAAGAAAUCUUUGAUGAUGAUGACUUUUAUCACCAGCUCCUUCGAGAACUCAUAGAACGGAAGACCAGCUCCUUGGAUCCCAAUGAUCAGGUGGCCAUGGGAAGGCAAUGGCUUGCAAUCCAGAAGUUACGAAGCAAAAUCCACAAGAAAGUAGAUAGGAAAGCCAGCAAAGGAAGGAAACUUCGGUUUCACGUCCUUAGCAAGCUUCUGAGCUUCAUGGCACCUAUUGACCAUACCACAAUGAAUGAUGAUGCCAGCUCUCCCCGUUUGCUCACCUGUUGGUAUUAACGAUCUUCAUUGGUCAUAUGACAGAGCUGUAUCGAUCUCUUUUUGGCCAACUCAGCCCCCCUGACGAAGGCCACAGGGACUGACGGCGCCCAUCUCCCUCUGGCCCGAGGCCUGAGGCGGGACCUCCACACACCCAGCCCCAAAUAGACGAACUCGGGAAAUCCCGGGAACGUGUGCUGUUCAGAACACGGGCCUGACGAGUGCCCGGAAACCUGGAAUCCAGCAUCUGCGUCACCAGUGCGUCCGUGUGCAAAGGGCUUGCCCCCCACGGCCUUGAACCACCACAAAUAAAGAGUGUUUUUACUGUU